GAUCGCAUGCUAUUGCACGGUCAAUGGACAGUAACGUUUUAGCUACAUUGUGUCAUGUCAUGAUAAUGCCCGCAGUAAAUCACGGAUAGAUACAUCGACAUGGUGUUACAUUGUUACUAAAAUAACCGGUUAGUUUGACUUGCAUGUGGUUGGUGUUACAGUUGAAAGGCAACCAACUUACGAAGUACCGUUACUGUACAGUAGUGCAACAACUUGAAACGACUGUCUGACAUUCGCUCACAUAUUGAGUGAAAGGAUGAUGAGAACAUUUUUAACAGCUGUCCGCGGACCUGCGGUCUGCGUGGGUCGGUGUUUCAGUAGUGAAGUGAGUGGUGCAGUUUCCACGUUAGCCGGUUUCUCCUCUCCACCAUUCUCAACCGAGGCUUCACUCUAUGUUCACUGGCCUUACUGUCUGAAGAGAUGCUCCUACUGUAACUUCAACAAGUACAUUCCUCGCUCUGACAACCAGGACGUCAUGUUGGAGUGUCUCCAGCGGGAGACGGAGACCUUACUAAAGCUCAGCCAGGUGUCCCGGAUCACCUCUGUGUUUUUUGGAGGUGGGACUCCUAGCCUGGCCCGCCCCUCCACUAUCGCUGCGGUCCUAGAGACGGUUGCCAGGCACGCUGGACUAUCAGAGGAGGCGGAGGUCACUCUGGAGGUCAACCCCACCCCCGUAGGAAGCUCUAAGUUGGAGGACUUCCUCCAUGCUGGGGUCAACCGUUUUUCCAUCGGGGUGCAGUCUCUCCGGGACGACGACCUGAAGGUUCUGGGGAGAGACCAUAACUCCCAGCAUGCUUUGCAGACCGUAGCGGAGGCUCGGAGGCUCUGCCCGGGUAGGGUGUCAGUCGACGUCAUGUUCGGACGUCCUGGUCAGAGCGUUGCAUCCUGGGAGUUGGAAUUGGAUGAGCUGCUGUCGGUGUGUGAUGACCACGUCUCCCUGUACCAGCUGACCCUGGAAAGAGGCACACAGCUCUUCAGACAGGUCCAGAAAGGCCAAGUGAGCGUGCCCAGUGAUGACAUCACAGCUGUCAUGUAUGAAUCUGCCAGGAGGAUUCUUCAGAAGAGAGGCUAUCUGCAGUAUGAGGUGUCCAACUUUGCAAGAAAUGGUGCCAUCAGCCAACACAAUAUGAGCUACUGGAAGGCCAGUCAGUAUCUUGGAGUGGGCCCAGGUGCCCAUGGUCGCUUCGUCCCCCAUGGAGAGGGGGAUGUGUGUCGAGAGGCCCGUACCCAGACUCUGGAGCCUGAUGUCUGGUUGAGAGAGGUGCAGCAGAGGGGUCACGGGACUCGACGCAGGAUACCCCUCACUUACCUGGGACUAACCCAGGACUACCACCCCACGGCAAACCCAGGACUACCACCGACUGAUUUUACCACCGUCACGUCUAGUUCCCCUAACUACAGGAAUAAAUCCCAGGACUACCACACUGAUUUCAAACAUGUCCACUUCUUCCCUUACAGGAAAACCCAGACGGAGACCCAGACUACCCAUGUCAUUAAGGAUUCACCCUACAGGAACCCAGACACCACACUGUUUACCCAAACCCAGACUUACAACGUCACUUCGUCCCCUACAGGGAACCCAGCAUACCACGAACCCGACUACCACACUGUUUUACCAGUCCUUCUAGUUCCCCCUACAGGAACCCACAAGACUACACACUUCACCUUCUGUUCCCCUACAGCGAACCAGACUACCACACUGUUUUAA